GUUGAAUCGUCAUGCUGCCUGUUUUUAGAUUACAAUUUAUUUCCUAUUCCACCAGUUGACAUUUCACGUUGACAUCUUUCAUUAUAAGAUUGCAAUACCUGUCAUUAAUAUGCUGCCGCAAUUUAUACUACAGUUAUUCCUCGUAUCAGUUUUUGUGCGCGGUGAAACCCCACCAGGGUUUGAGCCAUCUAUUGAAGAUCGAUUAGGGGUCACAUUUAGCGACGAACUACGAGUCCAUCCUGGUGACAGAAUAUCGAAGGAUGAAACCAAAGAACCACCCCGUCUCGACCUAAACCCUUUACCCGACAACCCUCCUCCCCUUCUAAAAUACUACCACACCAAAUACAUAGUCCUGAUGAUCGAUCUCGACGUUCCGCACAACGACACCAUCCUCCCGUUUUCUUUAUCUCCCGGUCAUUCAAGCAAAUCCAAUCAGGCAGAGUAUAUGGCACCAUCGCCGCCACAGGGCCCAGCGCAUCGAUAUGUUGAGCUGUUGUUCGAGCAGCCUAAAAAAUAUCAUUUUCCAAAGAAUUUUAAAUGUCAUCUGCCGAAAAGAUCAGAAGCGAGGCUGGGGUUCGAUGUGGAGGAGUUUGCGAAGGAGGCUGGAAUGGACAGGUUGGUGGCGGGGAAUUGGUUUCUGGUUCAGACUGGGAGGGGGGAGAGGGAGGAUUUAUAGGAUAUAAGCUUCGAAUUAGUGGGUCACUUCUAGGCAAGGUUGAGCUUGUCUGGCUUUGGUGCAGACGUUAGGUUUGGUGUUAAUUGAAUGAUAUAUUGUAGUAAAGCAAGGUGCGGUUUAUCAGAGCCGAUAUUGACAUUUGGUAGGUAUUGUGGGAACAGGUUCCAAACAACUAUUCAUUAAUUCUAAUCAAUAUAUCUAAC